AUGUCGCCGGAAAUCUCUCAUGCUACCCACCAUCUGCAACGACAUGUAGCGGCGCUUCAACCAGAUGUCGACAACUUUUUUUUCAUACUAUCCUCGUCAUCCCAAGCACGACGGUCAACUAUGUGUCCUCUGAGUUCUACUAGGAAUGAAUCUCGGGCCGACCUCGUGUCCCCCGAGUUCUGCGAGAUGUAUCAUACAUGUGGCCACAUAUGUGGGGAGGGUAUUUUAGUCAUUUGUGCCCGACACCCGCCAAAUGUUGGACACGAACGAGGGUUUGACAUGGAUGCCAAGGUAGAAUUUGGGUCGGGUCCUUUAAGUUAA